UACCUCUCGAUAGCUGUCUCUCUGUUGUCAUCUUUCUUCUCUCUCUCAUAACACUCAAGUCUUUUAUUACACUUCUAUGGUAAACGGGCUCCGCACUCUAAAGACUGCUCUUUUAUCUCUUCUAAAACCCUAAGGAGCUCUCAAAACCCUAGCUACUCACCUCAGAUCUGCUCUGCAUUACCCCUGUUAUGCACUUUCAGCAGAGGCUCUGGAAUUGAACACUGUAAAAAUGUCUAACUCCGACCCCAAAAACCGUCCCAAGCAUGGUCCAUGGCUGCCUGCGCCUGAAUCUUCCCCAUUACCGCCUUCUUCUUGGGCUAAGAGAACUGGGUUCCGGCCUAAGUUCUCAGGAGAGACCAAUGCUAGUGAUUCCGGUCAGAUUUCCCUCCCCACGAAGCCCAGAGAGCAGCCUGAUAAUCAACCGGAUCUUGAAGAUGGUCGUGGGAGAGCAGCUCCGACGAAGACGGCUAUUACACCAUCACCAGCUGCUGUGAAUGGCACUGAAACGGCGGUGCCAACUGAGAAUAAAGAUCAUACGGUAAAGAGGAGGAGGGAUUCUGAUGGUGGUGGGGCUCCCAAGAAAGAGUCGGGUCAUGGUGCUAAUGGGCAGGGUCCGGCAGGGCCCACGGAGGGUACGAGAAGAGCCACGAGGAAUGAGGAAGUGGUUGAUGUGUUACCACAAGCUGUGGAGGAUGAUGGGUUUGUGGGAAGGCAUUCCCAUAUGAAGUAUGAGCUACGAGAUACACCAGGACUGGUUCCCAUUGGUCUAUAUGGGUUCCAGCAUUACCUUUCGAUGUUAGGUUCAUUGAUUCUCAUUCCACUCGUCAUAGUUCCUGCAAUGGGGGGCUCUUAUGAGGAUACUUCGAAGGUGGUGUCAACUGUGCUUUUCAUUUCUGGAGUGACCACACUUUUGCAUGCAUCUUUUGGAUCCAGGUUGCCUUUGAUACAAGGCCCAUCAUUUGUUUUCCUUGCUCCAGCAUUAGCAAUAAUCAAUUCCUCUGAGUUCCAAGGAUUAAAUGGAAAUAGUUUCAAACAUAUUAUGAAGAAGCUACAGGGGGCUAUAAUUAUUGCUUCAACUUUCCAAGCAUUGCUUGGAUAUAGUGGUUUGAUGUCAGUAGUUUCGAGGUUGAUAAAUCCAGUGGUUGUUGCCCCAACUAUUGCUGCUGUUGGACUUUCAUUUUAUAGUUAUGGUUUUCCAAUGGUUGGAACCUGUCUUGAGAUUGGUGUAGUCCAGAUAUUGCUGGUUAUUAUUUUUUCUCUUUAUCUUCGGAAGAUAUCUGUUUUUGGUCAUCGCGUUUUUCUCAUUUAUGCGGUUCCACUGGGGCUAGCAAUCACAUGGGCAGCUGCUUUCCUUCUGACUGAAGCAGGAGCCUAUAGUUACAAAGGUUGUGAUCCGAAUAUUCCAGCAUCAAAUAUUAUAUCUGACCACUGCAGAAAGCAUGUUUCCAGGAUGAAGCACUGUCGAGUUGAUACUUCUCAUGCAUUGAAAUCUUCCCCUUGGUUUAGGUUUCCUUAUCCCUUACAAUGGGGUACUCCUGUCUUUGAGUGGAAAAUGGCCCUUGUUAUGUGUGUGGUGUCCAUUAUCGCAUCUGUGGAUUCGGUUGGAUCAUAUCAUGCGUCAUCAUUGUUGGUGGCAUCUAGACCUCCAACCAGAGGUGUUCUUAGUAGAGGGAUUGGCCUUGAAGGGCUUUCUAGUGUCUUGGCUGGUCUUUGGGGUACUGGAACUGGCUCCACAACUCUAACUGAGAAUGUGCAUACUAUUGCUGUGACAAAAAUGGGAAGCCGUAGAGCAGUUGAAAUAGGUGCAUGUGUUCUGAUUCUCUUAUCCCUUGUAGCAGGUAAAGUUGGAGGCUUUAUUGCUUCAAUUCCUGAAGUAAUGGUUGCUGCUCUCCUUUGCUUCAUGUGGGCAAUGCUUGCUGCACUAGGAUUGUCAAAUCUACGGUAUAGCGAGGCUGGAAGCUCUCGGAAUAUAAUCAUAGUUGGGUUAUCUUUAUUUUUUUCACUUUCAGUACCUGCAUAUUUUCAGCAAUAUGGCAUCUCCCCAAAUAGUAAUGUGUCUGUUCCAAGUUAUUUUCAGCCUUAUAUCGUUGCCUCUCAUGGACCAUUCCGCAGCAAAUAUGGAGGGUUGAACUACUUUUUAAACACAUUAUUAUCUUUAAAUAUGGUGAUUGCAUUCCUGGUGGCGGUUAUCCUGGACAACACUGUACCUGGCAGUCGACAAGAGCGUGGAGUGUAUAUAUGGUCUGAAACAGAGGCAGCAAGGAGGGAACCUGCUGUUACCAAAGACUAUGAGUUGCCCUUCAGAGUUGGCAGAAUUUUCAGAUGGGUGAAAUGGGUUGGGCUUUGAGAGACCAAGCAAGACCAUCAUUGCGUUGUAGAGCUGCUCCUACUCAGAAGUGGAGGAUGAUUGUGCUGCCUUUUGAUUGUAGAUGCAAGUCUCUUGAGCUCAUUCGGUAAAUAGGAGGGGAGAGCAAAAUGAUUUUCUCACACGCCUGGGCCUUCUUGGGACUAUAGAAAUGAGGUAUUUGUGUACAUUAAAGGAUCCAUAGGGAUCUCAUUGUGUUGUAAUUUUAAAUUAUCAACAGUGUAUCUAGUUUUGAGUUAUUGAAAUUGUCUAGAGGGACAUUCUGAGCUUUGAACACACAGAAUAUCCAUCUUCAUCAUGUAUAUCUUUUUCCUCAAUUAUAUUCUUAAUGAGCUUCUUUUUCAAA